AUCUAAUCCACAAACAAACGAGAAUAACUUUUAGAAACAAAAAAUUUAUGAAACGGAAUCUUAAUUUUUACAAUUUUGAUUUGUUUAGAAUACCCCAUGUGUCGCAUUGCCAUGGACCCUAAUCUGAAAUGGCAGUGGCGGCUGCGAGGCUCCUGAAACUUGCUCCACUGCCAUCUCUUUGCUCUCUUCGUUCCUCUGCCAUUGCCACAAUAUCUGCAUCUCAAUCUCAAUUUAGCAGCACUAACCCCAAAUCCAAACGCAUAAUGACUUCUUCUUCCUCUUCAAAUGGCAAAGUCAUCGAUUCCCAUCUCCACGUUUGGGCGUCUCCCCAAGAGGCUGCUGCAAAUUACCCUUACUUUCCUGGCCAAGAACCUACUUUGACUGGCCAUUUCGAUUUCUUGCUCCAGUGUAUGGAAGAAGCAGGUGUAGAUGGUGCGCUUAUUGUGCAGCCCAUAAACCAUAAAUUUGACCACUCUUAUGUGACCAGUGUAAUUAACAAGUAUCCAAACAAAUUCGUUGGUUGUUGCCUAGCAAAUCCAGAAGAAGAUGGAAGUGGAAUACAGCAGCUGGAACAUCUCGUAACAAAGGAUGGAUAUUCUGCUGUUCGCUUUAAUCCAUACUUAUGGCCAUCAGGUCAAAAGAUGACAAAUGAGGUGGGGAAGGCAUUGUUCUCUACAGCUGGAAAGCUCGGAGUUCCUGUGGGUUUCAUGUGCAUGAAGGGACUAAGCCUUCAUGUUGAAGAGAUUAAAGAGCUUUGCACAGAGUUCCCUUCAACCAUUGUACUGCUCGAUCAUUUGGGUUUCUGCAAACCCCCAGAAAAUGAAGAGGAUAGCCUUGCAAUAUCCCAGCUUUUGGAGCUUGCAAGUUUUCCCCAGAUACAUGUGAAGUUCAGUGCGCUAUUUAGGAUAUCAAGAAUGCCGUUUCCAUACCAGGAUUUGUCCCACCUGCUCUCUCAAGUUGUAUCCAGCUUUGGAGCAAACCGCAUCAUGUGGGGGAGCGACUUCCCAUUUGUCAUCCCUGAAUGCGGAUAUAAAGGAGCAAUCAAAGCCGUAUCUGUUAUAGCCAAUGAAGUUUCUCUAUCUCCUACCGAGUUGGAGUGGAUCAGAGGCAAAACAAUAACGCAUCUGUUUCAAAAUCGAUGGAUAUCUUAAUCUACAAGUCUCAGAAACACUAGCAAAUAUUUAUCAUUUCGUUAUGCAAACCACUCUUAGUUUCCUUUUUAUUCGAAUAGAUGUAAAGUGUUUCUUCCCUUGAUGAACAUUAACUAGUCAAGAGAACCAUGAUUAUUCAGAUCACCAAAUAUUACAUGUUCUUCCAUUCUUCUGA